AUGGUAGUUAAAGAGACACACCAAGACGAAAAUUUCACGUCUCUCUCGAAACUUUACAACCAUGUUUCCUCUCUUACGGCAAAUCUCGAGGAUGGUACUCUUAUAGAUGCCACCCAAAACGCAACACAGGAUCAAGCUACGAACGUUCAUAAAUUAUUACAAAAUGUAAAUCUGUUAUUGGCAAAGCAACAAGAAAAUAUAAAUUCUAAGAAGGUGGUUGGUAUUGAAUCUGAAGAGAAAAACAUCAAUGAAGACGACAUGACGGCUACUGUAGCAAACAGAGUAACAGUCACAUUUCAAGAUUACAACUAUGGGUUUACUGUUUUAGAAGAUAAAAUUUAUGCAAUAAAACGGUUAAAUUAA